GGAAAGUGUGUUAAAAUAUUGAAAGAUUAGUAUUGAUCCAGGGCAUCUUAAUCACCAACUAUGACAGCUGCGAUUCCGAACCCGCAAUUACGCUUGCUCAAUGCGCUACGAGCCAACUCAAAACCGAUUAUGACCUUUUUGGGGCUUCCUUCGUUUCGUACAGGUCAAAUUAUAGCUCAGACUGGCGUUGAUGGUAUCAUCAUCGAUUGCGAGCAUGGAAAUAUUAGCGACGAUUCAAUGCACUCCUCAACUGCCGCUAUCGCUGCUUUGGGGGUAUCACCACUUGUUCGUCUAAGAAUGACCCACUCAGAUUUAAUCAAGAGAGCUCUGGACGCUGGGGCACACGGUAUCGUUGUUCCUCAAAUAAAUACAGUCGAAGACGCCGAGGCGGUUGUGUCCCAUUCAAAGUUCCCCCCACAAGGAUGUCGAGGACAGGGCUCGGCAUUUCCGGCUAUUACUCAUGGCAUUGACCUCCCCACGUAUCUGAAAACCGCAAAUGAAACUCUCAUUAUCUGUCUUCAAAUUGAAUCGAGAGCUGGAGUUGAAAAUGUUGACGAUAUAUGUGCUGUACCUGGAGUCGACAUGAUUUUUAUCGGACCCAACGAUCUUGCCCUAUCAAUUCUUGGUUAUGUUCCUGCCAAAGGUGACGAGCCAGAGUUUCUCGACGCUAUCGAAAAGAUUGUGGUCGCAGCUCGGAAGCAUGGCAAAUGGGUUGGCCGACUUUCGAAUGACGGGGCUUCGUCCAAGGAACACCUGAAAGUGUUUGAUACCGUGGCAAUGGGUUAUGAUAUUAGGGCAAUUCAAAACUGGUAUACAACUGAAUUGUGCGUUGCGCGAUCUUAAUGCCUUUCAAGAUGAGAG